AUGUUCAACUCGACCGUUCUGUCGGCCUGGCCAACAUGGUCCUCGCACCCUUAUGACAUGGUCAGGCAGCCGAUCCAGUAUCCGUUCUAUCACAUCGCGAAGGACUCGCUCGUACCUGGCCUGCCGGACAAUGUGCUGGCAGUCUUGGGACCUUUCCUCAUCUAUUGGGCAGUAUCGGGCAUCUUUGCCUUGAUCGAUCACGUCCAGAUGCCGUUCUUUGAGCAGUAUAGGAUACACGAGCCGGAAGAGGUCAAGUCGAGGAACAGAGUCACGCCUGGUCAGGUCUUCAGGAUGGUGUUGCUCCAACAGGCGGUGCAGACUGUCCUCGGACUUUGGUGGUUAGACGAGUCCGACCCGGCCGAGCAGACGUUCAGAGAUCACGCUGCCGACAUGAAUGGCUACGCACGCGUCAUCGUACGGGCUGCUUUCGUGUUGCUUGGUCCAAAGACAGCGACGCGAUUCCUUACGACUUAUGGUGCCGAGCUUACCAGUUGGGCCUACUGGUGGGGCGUGCCGAUGCUUCAGUUCUUCUGCGCAGCUGUGGUCAUGGACGCCUGGCAAUACAUGUUGCACAGAUCCUUCCACCAGAACAAGUUUCUCUACAAGCACGUUCACUCUGUGCAUCAUCGGCUGUAUGUGCCAUACGCAUACGGCGCACUGUACAACCAUCCGCUCGAGGGCUUCUUGCUCGAUACGAUUGGCGCCGUUCUGUCGGAAAGCGCAGCACGUAUGUCGACGCGACAAGCUGUUCUGUUCUUCUGCAUCUCGACUGCAAAGACGGUCGAUGAUCAUUGUGGCCUCAAGCUCCCCUUCGACCCUCUGCAGAGGUUAUUCAACAACAACUCGGACUAUCACGAUAUCCAUCACCAAUUCUUUGGGAUUUCGUCCAACUUUGCGCAGCCCUUCUUCAUCUCUUGGGAUGUCAUCUGCGGUACACGGCUCACGCGGGAAGCGGCAGCGGCAAGGCGUAAGCCUCGCACAGACCUCCGCGAUCCGCUCAUCAAGGCCGGCCUCGAAACAAACGGUCACGGCAACCUGACCGAGCAAGCAAGCAAAGAGCAAGCGCAACUCAAGCAGGCCAAAGAGGAAUGA